AUGUGCAGCUUUAAUACAACAAGGACAUUUCCAGACACACAGACAAACAUAGAAGGAGAGGAAAGAGAAAAAGGUACAUUUCAAAAGAAAGAACACAAAAACAAACCAAAAGUGUUCACUACAAACAGUCAACUUGUAACUGUGUUGAACAGGUGUAUCUAUACAAUUCAUACAAGACUUCUGUUCAGCUCUUUGGCCGUAAACUCAAACUCACUGUUGAUCAUUUUUUUUUUAAGCAUUAGCAUUUUUUGUUUUUUGAGGUCUUGUUAUUCAAUGAGCUGCUGAUAGAGAUGUGAUGGUGGUAACAUUUCGUAUUUUUAUCUCUUUACCUCAUCUCUAAUGUCUCUGUCAUUUCUCCAACAGAUGUUCAACAGGAGAAAGAGCUGAGGAUGGUUCUAGUUGGGAGAACUGGAGCUGGGAAGAGUGCAGCAGGAAACACCAUCUUAGGAGAAAAAGCUUUUAAAUCCACAAUGAACGUUACUUCAGUAACAUCAGAGUGUCAGAAGGAAACAGGAGAGUUUGAAGGUCAGAUCCUGGCUGUGGUUGAUACUCCAGGUCUGUUUGACACCAGAUUAAAUCAGGCUGAAGUGAAGAGAGAGAUUGGUAGAUGCAUCUCAUACUCUGCUCCUGGUCCUCAUGUGUUCCUGGUGGUGAUUCAACCAAACAGAUUCACUAAAGAAGAACAGAAAACAGUGAAAAUCAUUCGUCAGAUCUUUGGAGAAGAAGCAGCUCGUUACAUGAUGGUCUUGUUCACUCAUGGAGACGAUCUGGAGGAAGAUGGAGUCUCCAUGGAUGAUCUGAUUAAAGGAAACAAAGCUCUCAGUGACUUCAUCAGUCAGUGUGGAGGAAGAUUUCAUGUGUUCAACAACAGAGGUAAAGAUCCAUCUCAGGUCAGAGAUCUGCUGAAGAAGAUCAACCACAUGGUUCAGGUCAAUGGAGGAAGAUAUUACACCAAUGAGAUGUUCAGAGAAGCCAAUAAAGCCAUACUGGAAGAAAUCAAACAACUUCUGACAAUAAAUGUGUUGAUGAAGAUUGAAGAGGCAAGAAAACAAGCUGAAAGAAACAACAGCUUCAUUCGGGCCAUCUUAAAAGCUAACGCUGUAAUUGCUGGAGCACUUGCUGGAGGACUUGUUGGAGUCGCGGGAGGUCCAGUGGGAGUUACAGUGGGAGCUAUAGCGGGAGGUGCAGCUGCAGCUGCAGCAAUGGCAGUGAAGCCGAAGCCAUGUGUGAUUCAGUGAUAUCACAUCAUCAUAUCUUGGUCUAAUGGUCCAUGAGAUUUCAGUUCCUUCAGAGAUGAGGAGCUUCAUGAUCUGAAUAAUCGUUAUUUCUUAUUGAUUGUGUGAUUUUCAACCAAUCAGCUUCUCCUGUGACCUCUGGAGUCAUUAACGACAGAAACUAAUGUUGUAGAUAAAGUUAGUAGUUAUUUUCCUGUUGUGUCCUAAUAUCUAAAGCAUCAAUCACUCUGUGCAUCAUAACCACUGCUGUAGUACUCAGACAUUAAAGCUGCUUUCAAACCUCU